AUGCCGCUGCUGUCGUACGAAGGUGUGGAGGUGGACCUCCCGACGGAUCUGGCGGGCAUCCACUUCGAGCUCACCGCGGGGACGCUCACGAUCCACUGCCGCGGCUUCACGGGGGACGUCGUGCUGUCCAAGCGUACGUGCCAGCAACAGCAACAGGCUGCCGCCUCCCCUAGCAAGAAGCGUACCAUUGACUUGAGCGCCAGCGACGAUGACGAUGAUGAUGAAGCGGACGCCAAGCGGCUGCGACCCAACUUCCUCAACGAGGCGGAGCAGACUUUGCUGCUUGCCCAGUUGGGGGACGACUCUCAGAGCUCAAGCAGCGGCCAGAAACCCAAGGGCAAAGGGAAGAAAGCCAAGGCGGAGCGUGAGGCGGAAGCAGCGCCUUCUGCCGACGAGCAGUCAGCUGACUCUGCCUCGGAAUCCGCCCCAGUGAAAGCGGGGAAGAAGACGCCGACCAAGAAGAGCAAGAAGAAGGCCGCCACAGCUGCUGCGAAGGGGGCCAUGAACUCGUUCUUCUCGCCGGAGCCGAAGAAGUCAACAGCCCCCAAGCCGACGCCUGACUCCAACAAGAAGCGUGCCCGAACACCCAAGUCACGCCCUGAUCCUUCUCCGAGUAAAUCCAUCAAGGAGCUGGUUGCCGGGCCCCCAAAGCCCAAGCCGACAGCUGGCGCUAAGUGGGAAAUGCUGGAGGCCUUGGGCAACAUUCCACCUGAACGUUGGGGCCACACAGCAACCAAGAUCUCAGAGGAGCGCGUAGCGGUCUAUGGAGGUACCGAUGACGAAGAGCGUACGCUCGGGGAUUUGCAUGUCUUCGACAUGAAAACACACCGCUGGACGACCCCGCUUAACUGUGACACGAUCACGCGCACGUGGCACGACGCCGUGUUCCUGGCUUCGAAGAACUUGGUGCUCGUGUUUGGUGGUGAGCGCAAUGCGGAGGCUGAAGGCGAGCUUGACAUCCUCUCGGACAUUGCGGUGCUAGACACCGAGUGCUUCCUUUGGUACCCGCCAGCAAUUCGUGGUUCGCCACCCUCUGCGAGAGGUGGUCACACUUGCACUGCCAUUGGCAAUGAGGUGGUAGUGUUCGGUGGUAGCCGAGGACGCAACCGACAGAGUUCCGUGCACGUCUUGGAUACCGAUGACUGGAACUGGAAGGCAGUACAUGUAGAGGGAAAGCCGCCGAGUGCACGCACGUACCACAGCGCUGUGGCUGUGGGCGACGACCAGAUCGUGUACUUUGGAGGCAAUGACUCCUCGAAAAGCUUCAACGCGGUUCACGUGCUCACGAAAAGUGAGAAAAAGUCUGGCGAGGCUACGUGGUCGUGGUCUCACCCGUCUGUGGCUGGAGUACCCCCACAAGCACGUACGGGCCACUCGGCGACGCUGCUGGAGAACGGGAAAAUUCUCAUUUUCGGCGGUUGGGACCCUCAGCGCGACGAUGACAAUGCCUCCGCAACCGUGUUCGACGACGCCUUCCUCUUGGACACAAAAGCGUGGGGAUGGCAGCCUGUAAUCUUCGCUGAGGAGGGAGUUGCUGCGGCUGCGUACCGCGGGCGUGUUGGACAUGGCGCUGUGCUUGACAGCAACGGACGCAUCCACCUUUUCGGUGGGCAAAAUAGCGCGGAACAGCGGCUCAAGGACAUCUGCACGAUUACAAUCUCGCAGAAGGAGGACGAACAGCCAACAGCUCUUGAGAUGCUUGAGCUCAGAGCUAACCUGGUGCCAAUGAACCGUGUAACACAAUUGUAA